AUGGAAUGUUUUGCCCAGAGCUGUUUUCCAUACUUGCGUUACACUGCAAAACAGCUGGACGUAACAUUUAAUUUCUGUCCAAUGUCAGUACAAUUGGAAGAGUUUCCACAAUCCUCAGGUCUAAUUGGUCAUCCUAAUCAGGCUAACACCUCCAAUGAUGUAAAUGCAUUAAAAAGUGAAGAGAGUAGAAAGCCUAUAGAAAUUGCUGAAUAUCUAUUGGAUAAGAAACUCUACUUAUCUGCACUGGAAUAUUAUUUUGAACAAUUGGAACGUGGCAAAAAUAUUAAAAUUCUACAUGAAUUUUUUACUAGUCCAAAUUUUGUUGACAAUUUGAAUAAUCUGUCUUCUGUAGAAUCACCUAGUUUACUAAUGGGCAAAUAUCCAAGUUUGUCGUCUUUAGACUCAUCCGAUAUUGGACGAAUCUCAGAUGAUGGAAAUACAGUAGAAGAAAAAUUAAAAGUGCUUGAAUAUGAGUUACGCAAAAAGAAUGAUGAAAUCAGUACACUAAGAAAUGAAUUGACGAAUUUAGUAGCCUGUGGAUUUAAAGGUGGCAGUAUCGCAACAUCGUCACAAGCUGCAGAUUCUACUUUGGGCACACAUCUUUGGCAUAACUUCAAUAGUGGUACACAGAAGACACUGCCUCAUGAAUUACGUGCAUUGUCAUUUUUAAUUAAUGAAUACUUAUUGGAACAAAAUUUUCGUCUUACUGCAAUUCAAUUUGCUGAAGAAGUGGAGGAACACAAUCUGCCCAGCUUGGAAUCAUGGCAUGAAGUUGCAAUAAAUUUGCGUAAACCACCCAGCCUAUUAUCACUACUCAGGUCUUAUUGGUAUCCGUCUGCUGGUCAAUCAUCACAGUUAUCUUCAAAUCGUACAGAAGUUGUAACACGUAGUUUUUCAGAGGCAAGUGUUCAAACAGAAUCUGAACAAAAUGUUUAUACUGUUACUGUUGGCUUUGGUGAUCACUAUUCAACAGAACUUCAGUCAAAAAAUGAAGAGAUUGUCUCAUUGAAAUCGAAAAUCAGCCAUUUAGAGUUAGAGUGUUCAACUGCUACACAAAAUGCCAGAGAUUUGCAUAAUCAACUUAUUUGUCUUCGACGUGAACAUGCUGAAAUGAUGAACAAAUCAGUACUGACUAAACGUACUACUACAAAUGGGACUAAUACUACUACUACUACUAAUAAUAAUAAUGCCAAUGAAGUAAAUGACUCCACUGACAGUGACAGUGUCUCGAAUUCGCCAAAAAUGUGUAAUUUUCCUGACAGAACAAGAAAAUCUAAUCGUAAUUUAUCCAAGGAGUUUUCAAAGUAUAUCACGCAUCUAUUACCUGACGAUGAUGUAACCUUGAAUGAAAUUAAUCAAAACUUCCGUCUAACUGAUUCCUUGGAUGAAUUUGUAAUAUUUUUGGCACAACACACUGAAAAGAUUUUAUCUUAUCUAGUUGACAAGGGAAAAUUGAUAUUUUUACCCUUAUUAGUUCAAAUAAUUUGUCUACAUCCGAAUUCUUCUGUACGUGAUCGGUUUCUAGGCUUGUUAUUCGACUUUUUCUCAUCAACUUCAGCAACAUCAACCUCGUCAUUAUUACACUCACCUUCAUUAAUUGACAAUAAAAUUUACUUUGAUUUUAAUUUACCAAAUUUAACAAGUAUGAAUUAUGAAUCAACUACCUCAGUGAACAAUAGCAUUAAUAAUCAUAAUAAUAAUAGUAAUAUCAUCAAUAAUAACAAUAAUACUGGCAACAGUAAUAAUAGUAGCCAUAAUGAAUACUCUAAGCAUAUAUUAAAUGCUCUGGGAUUAUUAGCAUCAUAUUUAGGUCCUGCCCGUCUGGAAGGUGAAUUGUUACCAAGUCUAUGGUUGCAAAUUAACAAAUGUUCAACUGAUGCUUCUCGAAGACUUCUUUUAGUAUCUGCAUGUGGAGUGAUUGCUCCACACCUUCCGGCACAUUUACAAUCUUCAAUUAUGCUGAGUAUUAUCGAGUCAAGUCUUGAUGAAGAACGUGAUCCAGUCAUUCUAUCAGCCAGUAUACGUUCAUUAUCUUGUCUAGUUAGUUCAAUGUCUGAUUCACAUAAACUGCCACAAAUCAUUCGUCGAUUAAAUUCAUUUAUUAUGCAAACAAUUUAUAUAUUUAAUGAUAAACAACAACAAUAUAAUUACUACUUGUCAAAUAAAAGCUUUUCAAUACUGCUCACAUCAAAUCCAAUAUACAAUGCUGUAAUGAAUUGGUUCCUGCCGUCAGUUGCUCAAUGGUGUUUAGAAUUAGAUUCAUUGCAUCAAAUUCUAUUGGAUCCAUGGUUAAUUCAUUUCGAUAAUUAUAUUCUAGCUUGUCAGAAUACCAAGGAAGUAGCACCGGAUAUGAUACUUUUGUAUUUAAAUAUAUUGUACUAUUUAGCACCAUUUCUUCAUGCUUGGCUACUGUUGUCAAUAAUUGUCAAGAAUAAGACUGACAAUUCCAAUGAAGGCUUAUGGACAGCCAUGCAGAAUUUAAUUUCCGUCUAUCAUAAUUCUGUUUCAGAAUUUGAGCACCUAUUAAAACAGAGUUUUAACUCAAAAGAGACUGAAUUAGUCAAACCAACAUCCACAUAUAAUUCAAUCAGUACGUCAAUGAUUCUUGGACAGGAUAGUUGUAAUUUAUUAGAAGAAAUGUUGAAAUAUGCCUGUCAGUCAGAUAAAGCAACAACUUCAACUCCAGCCAUUCCACCAACGCCUACAUCAUCAACAGUGCAUCAAUCUGUUGGCAUAGAACAAUCCUUUUAUCAAAAUCAUACUUAUUCUAUAGAUAAAUGGAUAGCAAAACAGUGGUUGGAUAAACAUUUAAUAUCAAAAUUAAUUAUUUUAUUAGAACAGUUACCAUAUUGUCGUGAUAGUGGUCGUUGUUCUACAAUGAAAGCGUUUCUUGAUUUGGAUUAUGAGAACUGUUGUUUUGACGAUGUAAUCAAGCAUCAAUAUGAUGAAUACUUUGCAUAUCCGUGUAUGGAAUCAUUACAGUCGAAUAACUUUAAAGUCUGCUUCGCAAUAUGCCGAUUUCUUGUUUCACUUGGUAGCGCCUUAAAAUCAGAUGCUGUAACGCAUCUUAUUGCACCACAUUUUAAAGUCAAGUUAAUGAAGCCAACAGAACAUGGAAAUUACGAAUAUGAUCAUAAUUCUAUGCAAACGGGACUUUUGGCUGGCUAUUGUUGUCUACUUGCGUCUACACAAUCGAAAUCAGAAUUGGGUCAAGUGAGAAUGCUACUAACCAGUGCUAUAUUCUUACAUGCACGUGAAGGUUUUCCACUUCACUGUAUAACUUUGACAAUUUGGUGUCUUUGUCUAACUACUAAUUUAGAGACAAUUAUCCAGGAUAUUCUACUUCCAGCACUUCGUCCGUGUUUAAGUUGUGCUGAUAGUUCAGUUCGUCGAGCUGUUGUAAGUCUACUGCACGCAUUCAUUGAAAUUAUACGAUUUAUCAGUGGAUGGCAUAACAGUGCAAUAACAACAACAACAACUGCUACUACUAAUACUGGUAAUAGUAGUAUCGGCGCUACCACGAAUACUACUACUACAACUGCCAACAGUGGUUGUAGUCCAAUUCUACACAAUGAUAUUUAUCAGUCACAUUUACUAGAAUUAAUUUGGCCAUUUGUCAGUCAAGUAACCAGAGAUGAUGUGACGGGUCAACGGAAACGAAUUACACCAGAUCAAGCAGAUUGGAGUGUACUGUGCUGUUCACUAGGCCCGUUGUAUGCCUUCCUUAUGCUUGUCUGUGUACCAUUUUUAAAUUCAACGCAUUUAUCUUCCACAUCAGCGACAUCAACAACAACAAUGACAACUAAUACUAAUGCUAUCGUUGAUACAAUUGGAAGUUGUAAAGUAGACAAUAAUAUUUCAACUGCUAUGGAGAAUGUUCCUUUAGUUUUGACAACAGAUGCGCCCAAGCAAACACUGUUAAGUGAAUAUGCUAAUUAUCGGACUAUGGCAUUCGAUUUACUCAGUUUACAGUAUGAUUUAGUUAUUGGUCGAGCAACAACACCUUCGAAUGAACUGAACGCGAGAAUAGAUUAUACUAUGGAUCGGUUAAUAAUUUCGCAACAUCGUUUUUGGAGUACACUAGUUCAUAAUCUUUUAGAAUUGACUAAUCGUCUAUUGCCAACAUGUGAUGAGAAUUUCCAACAGAAUAACAUAUUACCGUGGCUGUUUAAUCUAGCUGAGAUGAAUAAUGCUCUGCCAAAUUUAGAUCAACGUACGGAAUUAGCCAACCACUUGUUCACGGUGUUUUCAACAGCUGCAUACUCUGUACAAAAUGAAUCAAGUGUACUGCAGUGGUUAGUUCCUGGCUUAGAUCGUAUACGCUUAGAUUUUAUAGAAAGUGGAGAUAAUCGUCGAGUUCGUGAAGUGGAACAAUUUCUGUCUGAUUUAUACUCAAAACUUCGAUUAAAUGAUCAAGGACGGUCAUGCACAUUUAAUACAUCAACCAAAGAGACAAGCAGUGUUCGAUCAAGUGUAUCAACUCGUUGGAGUAAAUUGACUUCAUUCAAUACAUCUAAUACUGGUAAUACAAGCAAUAGCACUACUGGUGGCGGUGUUGUAAGCGGCAGUGGUAUCAAUAGUGCUACAGCUAGUGGAAUUAGUGCUAGCAACACUACUUCUCUCAGUUCUAUGACGACUACCACUUCUACGUCUAGCACUACGCCUACUACCUCAGAUCAUACUCGCGCCUCUCCACCGGAUAAUGAAACAAAGAAAUCACAGUCUCGGGUGAAAAAUUCACGUUUCACUUUUCGUAGACAUUAAAACAAAAGGCGCAAUAAGUUGUUGAUUUGUACAUUGACUUUUUUACUUUUUUUUCUCUCCCUCUCACCGGGUUGUUUUCUUCUUCAUUCCACUUCCUUCUCUCACUCACUCUGUCUCGCUACCUCCUAUUUUUUUAUUGCCUUCGUGUUUGUCUGUUUGCGUACUGAAUAAUUUGUUUUAUUUCCAAAAGAAUCAGCCUUAACUGUGUUUUUUUUUAAUUGCAGCUCUUUAUAUAAGCCUUGAUUGUGAUUACUGUGAUUUGAAUCAAUACAAAUGCUUCUUUUUUUUAAUUACUACUUUAAUUUGUAAUUUAUUUAAUUAUUUAAUUGAGUUACUUUCUCUAACUCACUCACUCUCUCGUCUUAGAUCACACACAAGACACGACGGAUCAACAACAACAACAUACGUGUUUGUUUGCUUGUUUGCACACAACGCCACUGAUACUAUGAUGACCUAAUAGUAUUUCAUUGUUGUGUCACAAGUUAAUUUACGAUUAUCACUGUCUUUUUUUUAUUUCUUUUGAUAAAACAUUGUCUAUACUUACUGAUUGUGUACUUCAUAGAUAAAAUUGUCUUUCAAAACUGACCACAACUUACUCUAUUUGUUAAUAUGUAAUUUACGAGUACUCAUCAGUGUGUGUGUGUGUGUGUGAGUACACUACAUAUCCUGAGGAGGAAACAACAACUAACGAAUCAACAUAUCUCCCUCUUUUUUUAAUAAAAGAACUAUUUUCUGUUACUCCUGGAAAUAAUAAUUGUAUAUUGGUGUAAUUAUUAUUAUUAUUUUUAAUAUUAUUAAAAUCUUAAUUAUAAUUGUUUAAUUCUAUUUUUUGUUGUUUUGAUUUGGUUUUCUAUAAUUUAUACUUUUCUUUGCCUUAUUUUGUGUUCAACCUUCAAUGAUCAAUGACAACUGAUUUACUUGAUGAGCACCAUUUGAAUAUUGAUCUCCCCCACCCCUAUUUCUUUUGAUUUGUUUGUUGUGUUUUCUUUGCAAUGUUUUUUUCCCUUUUUUAUUUAUUUAUUUUUUUGUGCUU